AGUCAAGAACCAUCUUCCUUCUGAAAUGGUGAUACUUCCACAUGAAGCCUCAGGUGAUGAACACGGAUUAUUUUCAGUUGAUUUCCAUGUCAAGCACAAAACAAAACACUCAGCUUAAAAAAAAUUAAUAAGUCCCGGCAAACAUGUUUUCCCACAUUCCUUCCAAGGAUGUUUGCCACAAAUCUUUGGAGGAGGCUGGAGCUCUUGGCGGGGUAAUUAAAUGUUCCUGCCACUCCAGUAUUUCCUUCCUGUCGCUACAACUGGUCUCUGUCACUCCUAGGUUCCAUGUCGGCUGAAGGACCGGAGCAUGCUCCAGUUUAAGUAUUCAACCCGGGGGUGAAGCCAUCAACAAGUUGGGAGAAGAACAAAGGGCUUGUCGCAAUUCUGGUCCGCAAAGAUGUCUGGAAUAAAGAUGUCCCAGCAGAAGGAGCAAGUCUCCGUUCCCAUGGUGUCACUGGCUAUUCCCCAGGAACCUUAUGCUCCGGGAUACUCUGCUUCAUACACCCCGGAGGCCUACGCAUCACAGCCCUACAAUCCACAAGUGUAUGCCCCCCAAUCCUGCGGCUCGGAACCACAAAGCUAUAAACAAUAUGCAUCAGAUCCGUACGCACCUGAUGCUUCGGAGACUUACCGUGUCUCAGGUGCUUGCUGCUAUGAUAUUCCAUCCCCACCUCCGUACAGCUGUGAAGAAGUGAUUUGUGACGUAUUAGGACCAGUCUGCAUGGACUCCUCCCCACCUGUUGUGGUGGCCGGCAUCUUCUCCAGUAAACCUGCGUCCACCAUCUGCCCCUGUUGCCGACAGAUCAUCACCACUGAGGUGGUCUUCCGUGCGGGAUGCCUAACCUAUGCCCUCUCGGCCUGCCUGUGUCUGAUAGGCUGCUGCUUGGGCUGCUGUCUCUGCCCCUUCAUCUCCAAAUGCUGUAAGGACGUCGAUCACUACUGCCCUUGUUGCCGAUAUCACAUCUACCGGUACAAAAGGAUCUAGAAGAAGAAGAACAGCCCACCCAUCCAUCUCCGUGGAAAUCAAGGUCUAACUUGGGUGGAUUCACACGUUCCAUCCUGGACUGUUCUUAUGUCUGGAACUGGAUUGCACUGUGCAGGAUGGGCUCCCUGGUCUGCGAUGAAACUGGCUGAGCUCCAGUCAACAUUGGCCUUCGGUCUCCUAAGCAGGGAAGUGGCUUGCAGCUGGUCAAGGAUCUGCUCUAGGAUUUUCUGUUUUACUUUCCUGGUAUUUACAGUUUGUGAAUUAACUGUUUUGGUUUUUCUUUUGUGAAUCCUUUGGUACGCUUCCUUCUCAAGGUUGCUUAAAUCCAUUUGUGUGCUUCAGUCACCAUGGAUCUCCUCUGAGGACCAUGUCAGCAAUGCGCCAUUUAAGUCCUACCAAACAUCUCAACCUCCGGCCCUACCACAACAUUUAAGCGCUUGCGUCCCUUUCCUGGGCUGAUGGUCUGUCAGAGGCCACUUUUACAUCAUACUGGACUGAGAAAUCCUUCAUUUUUUUUUUUUCCUGACCAACUUUCAUUUGAUUGGAUACAGGAAACUUCAGAGAAAUCUCUCCAUUUCUUGACUGGCAGGGUCCCCCAAACAGUGGAGAUGGAGUCCAAGGCCAUGUCAUCUGAGCCCCACCCAUUUUAAUAUGCAUUUAAAAAGGGCUUUAAUUACAUGGUGGUGGCUGACAUCUUGACUUUUUGCACCCUCUCCAUGUAGACUAUCUUACCUGCCCCUAUAUUUGAUACAGAAUUUUGAAAAGCUGUUUGUUUCAGCUCUUGUUUUAGGGGAUUAAAUGUUAAGAUUUUGAUUCUUUAUGUGGACAGGGUAAUGACAAAGCUGUCUCAUUAGAUGGGAGAGCAGGAAACUUUCCUUGAAUGAUGCUCUAUUUUGUUGUACUGGUUAAAGAAAUGGUUCCUGUGUUGUUUCCUAAUGUUGUAUUUUUUGGGGGGUAAGGAAGAUGGAGGACACUGGCAGCUGAAGGUGGGAGGGAGAAAAAGACCAAAGGAGGAAGGAGUAUACCAUCAGUAGCUGGUGGUCCUUGAUCCUUGGGGGCACUAUUUCUGACUUCAGCAGCUUAAGAUGGGUGGACUUCAGAAUUCCCCAGCCACAUGCUAGCUGAAGAGUUCUGGGAGUCAAAGUCCACAUAUCUGAUUGGCUAGGGAAUUCUGAGAGGUGAAAUUCACACAACUUAAAGUUGGCUAGGGAAUUCUGGGAGUUGAAGCCCAUGUAUCUUAAAAAUUGGUUGCGGAAUUCUGGGAGUCAAAGUCCACAA